CCCCCAAUUUCCUCCAAGCAGUUGCAAAGCAAGCGCUUAGCUGGCAGAGGAAGGGUAACUGACACCUGCCAAACUUUGCCACGGCGUGAGCAUCCUGUCUCGCCACGCCUUGGCAGCUCCAGCUUGCGUUUGCAAAGAAACAAUAAAACCGCUGCAAGCGCCUUAAGGGCAGACGAGAAGCCGGUUCGUGCAGAUUUCUGCAGGAAGCAGCUGUCCAAAUUAAACAAUCCAGGCUUGUUUGACUUUGGGCACAACAUUGUUUACUUUGUUUAUUAAAUGUGUGUGCUGCCCUUCACCCAAAUAUCACAGGGUGGUCCACGACAUAAAAAUGCAAAAUGAAGACAGAAAAUGCCCUUAUAACCAGGGACAGGCUAUUGGUCCGUCCAGCUGGGUGUUGCAAACUCUGGCAGUGGCUCUCUUAAGGUCUCAAGCGGAUGCCCAUUUUCCCAUCACCUGCUCUCUGCUUCUGGAGAUGCCAGGGCUUGAAUCUGGAGCUUUCUGGCAGGCAGAACAUAUGCUCUCUCACUGAGCUGCGAUCCCUCCCUUCAGAAGGGCUAAAUAAAUUAUUACCCAAGCAGGAAGUUGUAGCGGUUUCAGGGUUGCUGUUUAACUAAAUUCUUAGCCUGAGGUCUUUGCAGCUAAUUAGGGGUGUGCAGUAUAAACAAAGAAAAUGUGUGGGAGUCAGGAGUGUAAAUCAUGCAAACUGGCAGCUUUGCAAGAAGCUGCUGACAUGCAAGGUAGGAGAAGGUGGUGUGCUUGAGAUAUGUUGAAAGAGUGUGGCUUUGAGAUCUGACCUAAAUUAAAAGAUACAGACCUCUCCCUGCUAGGACCCCUUCUUUUUUGUACUGCCCUCAUUUGACACUAAAUAGAAAUGUACUAUAUGCUUGCUUUCAAGAACAGUAGUGGUAGCAGAGGUGAAGACCAGGACAAAGCAGGGCCCCCUACAGAAGUCCUGGGGGAAGCAAUGCUCCCCUUGUCCACUCCAGCAUCUGAAUUGAGUCUCCAAUACACCUUUAUUUUGUUUGCUACAAAGGAGAUAGGUUAGUUGAGUAGUGACUUGACAAAGGCCACCCAGUGAGCUUCGAACAUUUGAGUGGGCUAUUUGAACCUGGGUUACUAACAUCCAGAAACUAAACUGGGGCCAAAAUUAUACCCACUGCCCUAAAAAGCUUUCAGAUGUUUUUAUUCAGAGUGACUGGAAGUAAGAGUAUUUUGAAUUCCUCAAGGCUUUUGUGUGAGUAGGUGGUCAUCACUUCAUGCAAUGUAUGGUGUCCUGUGGUUUGUGGGGAUCGGUGCACCGUAUGUUUAUAUUAUUAUUCCUAUAUAAACCAUUUUUUGGCCCAAAGGUCUCCUCAAACAGUAAACAUCAUACUAAAAUAAAAUCUACAAUAGAGUAAAAUGGCAUAAAUCAAUAAGACAGAAAAAUCUUAACACAUAAGAGCCUUCCAAGCUGGAGGAUUAAAAGAGUGCUCUUACAAUACCCAAACUUUGAAAUAAAGUUCCAUAUAGAAGCACUUGUGGCUGCAUAAUUUUAAAAAAUUCUUACUUAUAUGGGGUUCUUGUAGCUUCACACAAGUUGUUUUGUUCGUCAGCAUGAAGUUGAGUACUCUAUACUAGGAAUUCUCCCAGGGUCUGUGAGAGGGAAAUACUACUCUCCAGGAUUGCUGAAGAUCAUUGAUGUGGGUGUUAUAGGUGACAACAAGUGAAAUUUGCCACUUGUAAGUCUCACCUGUACAACAUUAUUUCUGGGUACCAGCUUGGCCUUGUUGGUCUGCUUUUUCACUUCAUUCACUUCAGGCAUUGAGUAGGUGUUGUAUAAGAAAUGUCUGACUGCAAAUACUUAAAUUGUAAGUUUCUGUCUAACAGAUCAGAACAGAUGCAGUUGCUUUUGUAGUGCUUUCUUGUAUACAGUGGAUUUUGUGGUGUGGUCUGGGUAGAAGCUAGAAGUGUGUAGACAUGUGCAGUGGUCAGUAGGUUUCUGAUAUAAGGCACUGCUAAUGCGUCAAUUACAUAGUAGUGCCCAGAAAGUGAACCUGUUUUCAUGGACUGGUCUAGCUAAGGUUGAUGGUGGAGUGAGAGUUGUUGAAUCCAAAUAGAGCUUCUCAAGCCCUUUAUGGUGCACAGGACUAGUCAUAAGAGCUAUCCACAAAUGUACCGUGGGUUUGCUUCACAAAAUCAUGAGACUGUAAAAAGAAUUGCUGAUGUUAUUUUAUCAGUUACCUUUAACACCGGAAACUACAUUUUCUGAAAAUAAAAAUUAAUUUCUUGGUAAUCUAAAAAAUCUAUUUAGCCUCACAUUUUUUUCCUUGUGAGACAAUUACGGUAAUUAAUUUUCAAUUUAAGAAAAAGCUUUUUAUCUCCAAAAAGGCACAAGAUUCCUGCAUUGCAGGGGGUUGGACUAUGGUCCCUUCCAGCUGUACAAUUCUCUGAUUCUAUGCUUCUAUAAAGUAUUCCAAAAGUGCAACAUUCUGCAACUUUAUCAAAAAGGGAUAAGGAAGCUUGUUAUUGUUGGCAUCCAUCUGUCUCAGGAGACAAUGGAAGAGUGUGCCAUUGGGGUAAAGUUAAACCAUUGAGGAGUUAAAAGUGCCUGUUGUAGCUGUAGAUGAAGCUGGUGGAGAUGAAGGCAUUUGGUUUCGCUGGUGUAGAUGCACUAUGGUGUUUCUUAUCUCCAUGCUCCUCCCAGCAGUCAUUCCUCCUCUGGUCAUUGAUUUGGAUACACAACCUAUCUGUCUGUCUCCAGGUACUGCAGUCAUUUGCAAGGCAUUCCCAACAUGGCAGGGUUAAUGUUGUCAGCCUUCAUGUCACGUUUGCAGACAUCUUUAUAACACAGAGUUGGUUUGUCAACAGGCCUGCUGCCUGAUGCCAGCUCCCUAUAGAGCACAUCCUUGGGGACCCUGCCAUCUUCCAUUCUAUGUACAUUACCAAGCCAGUGUAGACGUCACUGAGACGGAAGUGCAAACAUGUUAGGAAUGUGGACUUGGAAGAGCACAUAUUUGUUUGAUACUCUGUCCUGCCAUGUGGUAGACCUUCAUCUUGGUAUUGGUUGUUAGCAUCACAUCCUCCCAUUCACUUUUGGAGAGGUGCACCAUUGCUGUGGCUCCCUUACCAGUACACUUGUCCAGCAUAAGUGGAAAGCUUGCAGGUUGUGGUGGAGCCCAGAUAGACAAAAUCGUCUUAACAGCUGAAGUGUGUGAUCACCAGUGCUGAUGCAUGGAGUGCUGGCAAUGUCCUGACCCAAGAUGUUGGUCUUUGUAAGGCUGAAGGUUAGGCCACACUCCACUUAGGCAAAACAGUUUAUGAGUCUCUGUAGAGCUUCCUUGGAGUGCACUGUCAAAGCUGCAUCAUCUGCAAACAACAUCCAAACACAAAUUCUUUUUCCAGUAGAAUCUUGUAUUUUAUUGAGGUUCAUGUUGUUCCAAGACUGAGAAUCAGAUUGAUAACCAGAUAAAAAGUGUCAUUUGAAAACUGGCAACAACUGCAGAGAUAUACUUCUGAGAGUGAGUGAUACUUCCUUGUGUGAGUAUGCAGAAAUUGUUGAAUGCAGAAUCCCAGAUGUUUUUCUGAUGACAAGUAGCUCCAGAAGAAGUCCUAGCUUCUUAAUUUCUAUAAGCUCCCUAAAGGUUUUUUUUUGUAUUUUAAAAUAAAUUUGUAAUUUAGAAUAUAGUUGUUUGCUUUAGGAAUACUACGGUAGCAUAUUAGGCACUUAAAUUUAAGGAAUGAUAACAUUAUUUAAUGGCCAUGUUACAUGCAUCUAUUCACCAUUCUUUAAUCAUUAUAUUUGAAUAUAUUCUUGAAUAGAUAGUGUUUUAAGCAGGAACCAACUUAAUUAUUUUUAUGUAAUCAUAGUGUGGGUUAUUGGUCACAAUAUAUAAUUUUUACAUUAGUCAGCACUUGUGCGGUAAUUUUUUUUUCAUAAUGUAUUAAUCUAAGAUGAGAAUCAUUAUUGUAGGACACCAGUUCAAGGAACUGUGCUUCAUAUCUGGGCAAUUUUUAAAAAAAUGUUUAGUUUAAAUUUCUACUAUGGAAAGAAUGAUAAGACAUUCAGCGUUAUUGUAGUUCUCCCAUAGGCUUCAAUUGGCCAGUGAUAAGAGGAUAUUGGACUAGACCAGCCUUUGGUCUAAUCCAGCAGUGCUCUUAUUACAUUAUUACUUUUUUACACAAAUCUAUUUUCUUUCUAAACACUAUAAACUGAAACUACGCUAUUUAAGAAUUUAAGGUAGCAUGAACAAGGAGGGAGAGAUGGGAGUACUUGGAGGAAGGUGUAAAUAUCUAUAAUUCUAAAAAGCAAAUGUAGCCUUGUGUAAGCAGAGGCUGUCUUCUUCAGUGUUGGAGGAUGUUUCACAUAGGUAGAUGGAAAUGCUCUUCAUAUGAUCCCAUAUCCUUCUGGACCAGAACCUAGCAGGCCAUCUUUUGGUCCUUGCUGUACAAGUCUGGUCAUAAUCAAGCCUCUUUACUAGAUAACAGCUGUUACCCAAGUUAAUCCCACACCAGAUGUCUUCUCUUACCCACACUAUUAAUUGUCAGUUUGGUUAGAAGCUGGCCAAGUGCAGGGCAAACAACAAAAUUGUUGUGAGUGAUUGUGUUUCACACAGUUGCUAGGCAAAUGUCCUUUGUUUAUUUUGUAGAGAGAGCAUUUCUUCAAACCUCAUACCACUGGGCAAAGUAGGGGUGAUACAGCUUUCUGCUUCUGUUAGGAUUUUCUCAACGUUUCCUUAUUGGCUUUGUUGCACCUACAUUAAAGUGUAAUAGUUUCUUGUCAUUGCAAUUUUGUUGUCAGAGCAGUGCAAUCCAGUAAUCAAACUGUAAAACAAAUGUCUUUUUAGAGUGUAAUGAUCAUGUGUUUAAUUUUUGGAAAUGCACAGUUUUGAUCACACAAGUGACAAAGCUACAUGUACUGCACUGGUUUGGAAGUGAGCAGAGAGUUCAUUGGCUUCAUUCCUCAUUUAUCUUACAUGGAUCUUUAAUGAUGUAAUUUUUAAUCCUGGCCUUUGGGGGUUAAUUAUGAUGGUUAAAUUGAACAUUGUUUUUUAAAGCUGCCAGUUGUAUGUGUGUGAACUAAGCAGAACAAAUGAAACUAGGAUCCUUCAUUUUAAAGUACAUAUUGGCAAAAACAUUUGAUGUCCUUACUACUAUAUAGUAAAGGUACCCCUGACUGUUAGGUCCAGUCGCGGACGACUCUGGGGUUGCGGCGCUCAUCUCGCUGUAUAGGCUGAGGGAGCUGGCAUUUGUCCGCAGACAGUUUUUGGGUCAUGUGGCCAGCAUGACUAAGCCACUUCUGGUGAACCAGAGCAGUGCACGAAAACGCCAUUUACCUUCCCGCCAGAGUGGUACCUUUUUAUCUACUUGCACUUUGACGUACUUUUGAACUGCUUGGUUGGCAGGAGCUGGGACCAAACAACGGGAGCUCACCCCAUCACAGGGAUUCAAACCGCCAACCUUCUGAUCGGCAAGAGCCCUAGGCUCAGUGGUAUAGACCACAGCGCCACCCGCGUCCUAUAUAGUAGUAUGUUAUUGAAGGAAUGAUAAUGGGGGUGUUGGGCUCAUACUCAGUUGAGCAUUUUUACAUCGAAGCCCAGAUGUUUGUAACUUUUCUGACUGGCAAUAAAAUGCCUGUCUUUACCAUGUGGGUUGUGAACACAGCUAUUGACCAAAAGAUGAUGAAUGAUAAUACAUUCUGUGUUUUAUUUUUUUAAGGUGAUGAUAGUUGUGAGCACCUUCUCUCUAGUGGAAGAUUUCUUGGGGAGAAAGUAUGGCAGCCUCACGGCUGCAUGAUGCACAAAUAUAAGCAGAGUGAAGCAAAAACCUGCCUCGUAGACAAACAUAUUGCAUUUAUAGGUGAUUCUAGGAUUCGUCAGCUGUUCUAUUCAUUUGUGAAACUCCUGAACCCUCAAAUUAAGGAGGAUGGAGUCAAGCAUGGAAACAUUCCUUUUGAAGACAAAUCUUCUUCACUUAAAGUGGAAUUUCUGUGGUAUCCGGAAGUCAAUGGCUCUAUGAAGCAGCUUAUCAAAUCUUGGACUGAAGGUUCUUCUCCAAAGCCUCACAUAGUUGUAGCAGGAGCUGCUGUGUGGUCUAUCAGUAUUCACAAUGGCAGCAAUGAAGCCCUCACACAGUAUAAAAUCAAUAUCACAUCAGUUGCCCCUCUUCUGGAAAAACUGGCAAAGAGCAGUGAUGUCUACUGGGUCUUACAAGAUCCAGUUUAUGAAGAUUUGUUGAGUGAAAGCAGGAAAAUGAUCACUAAUGAGAAAAUAGAUGCCUACAAUGAAGCAGCAAUCAGUAUCCUGAACAGCAGCUCAAAAAACUCAAAAGCUAAAGUAAAAAUUUUCAGUGUAUCUAGGCUGAUAGCAGAAGAAACUAUAAGUCAGUCCUCAGAUGGUAUACACCUUUCUGAAUCGAGCAGAGAAAUAAAUGCAAUGAUUCUGAUAAACAUCCACUGCAACAAGGUUAUAAAGCCCAUUGAUGGUUCGUGCUGCCAGCCUCAGCCUCCUGUCACUUUGAUACAAAAACUAGCCUUUUGUUUUUUUGCUUCCUCCAUAAUUGGAUAUUUAAUUCUUGUUCUCAUACGUCGUAACAAUCACCAGAAGAAUAAGCAAUGCACAGAUAUGGAGAGUGGAGAAGAGAAGAAACCUGCCAGCAACACUUCAGCCGUUUCUACUCUAGAGACAGCUUUGCAGUGUUUAUGCAGACUUGGUUUGAUAAUGGGUUACUUCUACCUGUGCGACAGAGCAAAUCUGUUCAUGAAAGAAAACAAGUUUUACACUCACUCAUCCUUCUUCAUACCAAUCAUCUAUAUCCUAGUGUUGGGGGUGUUUUACACGGAAAAUACUAAAGAGACUAAGGUGUUAAAUAGGGAACAAACAGAUGAAUGGAAAGGCUGGAUGCAGCUUGUCAUCUUGAUCUAUCAUAUCUCUGGAGCAAGCACUUUUCUGCCAGUGUACAUGCACAUCCGUGUAUUGGUUGCUGCAUAUCUAUUCCAAACGGGCUACGGGCAUUUCUCAUACUUCUGGAUUAAAGGAGAUUUUGGCAUUUACAGAGUGUGUCAGGUUUUAUUUCGACUGAACUUUUUGGUUGUGGUGUUGUGCAUAGUGAUGGAUCGGUCUUACCAGUUCUACUACUUUGUUCCUCUAGUCACUGUCUGGUUUAUGAUCAUAUAUGUUACAUUAGCUCUAUGGCCUCAAAUAGUCCAGAAGAAAGCCAAUGGCAAUUGCUUCUGGCAUUUUGGUUUACUGCUGAAACUAGUUUCCCUGUUCAUCUGUAUAUAUUUUCUAGCAUAUUCUCAGGGUGCAUUUGAGAAGAUUUUUUCUAUUUGGCCAUUGUCCAAGGGCUUUGAACUAAAUGGGAGCAUCUAUGAAUGGUGGUUUAGGUGGAAAUUAGAUAGAUACGUCGUUUUUCAUGGGAUGUUGUUUGCUUUUAUUUAUCUAACAUUUCAAAAACAGCAAGUCCUCUCAGAAGGAAAGGGGGAGCCACUCUUUCCAAGCAAAGUUUCAAAUGUUUUAUUAUUUAUUUCAGUUGUUUCUUUUUUGACGUACUCUAUAUGGGCCAGCAGUUGUAAAAAUAAAACUGAGUGCAAUGAAAUGCAUCCUUCGGUUUCAGUUGUGCAGAUUUUAGCUUUUAUCCUUAUCAGGAAUAUACCUGGCUAUGCACGUUCUGUAUAUAGUUCAUUUUUCGCUUGGUUUGGCAGAAUUUCCCUUGAGCUCUUCAUCUGUCAGUAUCAUAUCUGGCUGGCAGCAGAUACCAAGGGGAUCUUGGUUCUAAUUCCUGGCAAUCCCAUGCUCAACAUUAUUGUCAGCACUUUUAUAUUUGUGUGUGUGGCGCAUGAAAUUUCCCUGAUCACAAACGAUCUUGCACAGAUGGUUGUUCCGAAAGAUAAUGCAAUUCUGCUGAAAAGGUUGCUCUGUGUGGGUGGAUUUUUUUCUGGACUUCUCUUCCUAUCAGCAUUUCAAGAACAAUCAAGGCAUUAGAGUUCAAUAAAU